AGUUUCAGUUCAGUUUUGAAUUACUAGUUUGCUCAUCCUGGUGAUUACCGAGUAUCUUGAAUUCUUGAGUAUCUCACUCAAUCACAUGCUCAUCUCCUUCCAUCAAUACGUCCUGCUGAGUACACGGAGAUUACUUUAGCUGUUUCUUGCCAUUAUAUUUUCUUUUCUUCCAAAAAUGGCCUCAGUUGAUGAUGAUAUGAUCGUAGACCAAACUUGGUCAGACAGAUUACUUGCAAAAGGACGAAAAUCGCCAUUUCUUGUGGCAAGUGUAAUAACUUUGGCAGGCAUUUGUGGCUACGGUGCUUAUUCUUACAAAACCAGGAAGAUAUCUACGCAAAUGUAUCUAUUACAACUUCGAGUUAUUGCACAAGGAUCUGCGGUAGCUUGUUUGACGGGAGGCAUGCUGUAUCACAUGGUACGGAAAUUUUACCUACAUGAAAAAGAUGAACCUUGAUGCUACACAUUACAUUCAUAGUUUGUGUUGCUUUAGAACAAAUGAUAUAUGUUGUACAAAUAUAGGAUAAAAUACAGUAAUCUAACAUGUGAAUGAUAAAACAUGUAAUAUGUAUAAUUUAUCACAAGUUAUUUUAUAAUUUCAAAAUUACUAGGUUGUAUUCAAAAUUUGCUUUCUAGUAAUAAACAAUGCCAAAGUAUAUUAGUUAAUGCUCCUUCCAUGCAGGGUAUUUUUAUUGUAAUGCCGAUAUAUUUUUGUUAUGCAUAAAUAUUUUUGUAAUGUACAAAUAUACAUUAUAAUAUAAUUUUUAUAAUGUAUAAAGAUUCAAUAGAAACAAUAUAAUCAGUACUAAAGAUUAUUUAUUAAAAAAAAUAAAAACUGAAAAUUUAUUUGUUGAAGAUGCUAAUCUUCAUUUGAUAAGUAAUUUGUGUUGUAUAGUUCCACGUGUGUAUAUUAAAUUAUGUAUAAUAAAAUUAAUUAAAAAAAUC